AUGUCUUUCUGGAGCUCAUACAAAAACCUCUCCCCGCGCACCCGCCUCUUCUUCGGCGUCGGCCUCAUGGCCUGGGCUGGCAUCGGCAUGACCGCGUCGCCGCAGGUCGAGUCGGCAUUGGGCAUGGUGCCGACGGAGCAGGAGAAGGAGGAGUUGGACCGGAAGCUGAAUGUUCGCGUUGUGAGGGUGGACAAGGAGUGA